UGUGACCAGUGGAAUCAGAUUCAAUGGCAGAAAAUAAUUACCGUUGUAUCUGGCAUAAAUAAGGCGCGCAAUUUACAGGUAUGUUUUUUUGCAGGAAUUUUGGAAGCAUAUGUGAUGCGGCAGAUAUAGAAGGUUCUGGAUAUAUUAUGUUUCUGGAUAGAUUAUGUUUCUAAAUGCGCCAGGUGCCUUGCGCAUUUUAGUUGGCGUCACUAACAAUAGUCCACUGGUCCUACUUCUAGCCGAAAACGUUGGAAAGGUCUCACCAUACGCGCUCUGACCGCAGCACAGCACGACUGGUCUUCGCUUUCAGCGCACCUGCACAUCCAACCAUGGAUGGGGACUUUAUGUUAACGAGAGGAUAGUUAAGAACACAAUUAUUAAAAUCCUGCCGAAAUUUCAGUCGAUGACUGCUGUGGUGGUAGCAUAGCAACAACACCCAAGAAUUAGAGAAACAUCAGCAUUCUCACCCACUGCCUUGCAAGCUCAAAACUGUCCGUUAGAAACUCGGCGCGCUGCUCGCUGAAAAGACACUCCCUGGAGAGGAGCGCGAGUACGCCGAAUAAAAGGGAUACGCUUUUCACCCAGAUGCAGGAUGACUUGGAAAAGCUUGAGCCUCGAUGAAAACUACAGCGCCUAGUGACUGUGACUGGUUGUCCUUGCUGAAGAUCGCUAAACCUAUGCCAAAAUGGAAUUACAUGGAAUGAACAGAGUUUCCUUUUAGGACAUGAGAUAUCCACGCCCAGGAAUCUAAACUUUAUUUUAGUGUUUAAGAUGUGGUUGUUUUUGCCUGUCUUCUAUGGAUGAGUGAGUGAGCUGUCCGUCCAUCCGUUGCAUCCCAACCAUGAUCGCCACCGGAGGCCUGCUGCGGAUCAACAGGAGGCAGGACUCACUGCGCUCCAAGAGCCGCGCCGAGAACAAGCGCAAGAGGAAAGCCAAGAAGAAGCAGAAGAACGAGGUGGUGGUGGUCAAGGGCAAGCUGAAUCUAUGCUCCAUCUCGGGGGUAGUGGCGGCCAUUGGGAUUCUGAUCCUACUGGUGGGCAUUUCCAUGGCCAUACUGGGCUACUGGCCUAGGGAGAGCCCACUAUACCCUGCGCCGCGCCAUACCCAAAGGAUUUACGACAAGAAGGAAGAGUCAGGGCUGACAGGCAACUGGACAAACAACGCAAAGGUCGGAUUUCACAUGGAUAGGGAUUUGGUCAGUAACAAUCGUUCCAACGGCACAGGUUUAGAGCAGCCUCCUAUGGGCUUCCUGGCCGAGUUCUUGGAUAAUUAUCUGUACUCAGACAAGCUGAAGGUGUUCGGGCCCCUCAUCAUGGGCAUUGGCAUCUUUCUGUUCAUCUGCGCCAACGCGGUGCUCCACGAGAACCGCGACAAGAAGACCAAAGUCAUCAACCUGAGGGACAUCUACUCCACAGUCAUCGACAUCCACAGCUUGCGGACUAAGGAGAACACGCCGCUCAAUGGCUUUGUGAAUUAUGUGCAGUCCAAAGGCGUGGAAGGGAACCCUAGUGCUGCGUAUACCGCCGCCCUGCUGGCCAAAGGAACCUGGCCCUCAGGGGGCUCGCCGGAUGAGGGCAGUCGGGGCCCCUCCAGAUGCCACUCCCUGACCAGGUCAAGGGUCUCGUCACUCGAGAGGCAGACGUUCACCGACACAGUCUACACUAUCUCCAGACACAGCGGGGCCGGCCAGCAGAGCAGCCCUAUUCCCAUCCCCAAACAGUGGGAGACCAAGACAAUAGUGGCCUCCUCGGUCAACGCCUUCACUCUCCCCAUGACCAAACCCAACCACCGGGCCAACCAGCACCAGCGCAGGCCCUCGGCCAAAGCAGAGGCAGGCAGGAGCAGAGCCGCGCUGUGCGACUCUGGGGAGGAAGACAAUGAGGCUCGGGUGGGGUACGUAGUUCCAGAAACCACCACUCAGGCCAAGGUAGAGACUUUGCGGACGGCCAUGUUCUUGCCUCAAGACUCGGUAGAAGUAUACAAGAGCAGUGGUAGCCUCCAGGGGGCGCCGCAGGGCUCACAGGUGCAGCUACUCCCCUCUUCCCCCACCGGACACAGAGUGACAGGCUCCCACCUGUCCCUCAGCGCACUGACGGAAUACUCCCGGUCCAUCGACCUGGGCAUCACUCCAUCCACCCCCACCGAUUGGAAAGUGGAACGUUCUCGGCGACUCAGCUGCCCUCGCCUAGAAGUACUGGGAGGCGGUGGGUACAUCAAACUGGGCAACCUAGGGGGGGAGUCAUUUGAGUCAAGGGAGUCAUGUGAGAUGACUGCCUUCAGCCAAGUGACCUCAGAGGAGGCUCUGGCUAAGUGUCAGAGGGAUGGAGGAGAAGCCAAUGAACAGGAGAUCAGAUCCGGGGAACCACAGGACAGGGGCUCAAGGCGAUACUCAAACAAAGAUAAACUUUUUAUGAUCUCUCAGUCAGACUCCGUUUUGGAUGAUGAGGAGGUGGAGAGCACAGACAUAUGAUUGGACGAUUGCUGAUUAGAUAAUUGCUGAUUGGCGGAUUACUGAAUAGCGUAAUGAGUUUACUUGAACAAAAUGAACACGGGAUAACUGGCAGGGUGUUGAUCAAAGACACCUGACAACAGGCUCAAGCAAUUAUGACUAUUACAACAAACUGUAUAGGAUCUGAAAUCUAGAGUAUCUUGCUGUUCAUUGCAAAUGCAAUUAUCGAUACAUGACCAAAAAAACUAACAUGGUCUUUGGUGGGCUAUGAAAAGUAAAGACUGUGUGUGAGUAGUAUUUUGUCAAGCGUUUGUUUGUGUAGGUUGGAAGCAUCGCGCCCAACAGAAUGAGUUUCACAGCAAAAAGAUAACAUUAACCAAAAAGGGCCCGUUUUUAAAUGGUGACUGUACAGAUACUGUACCAUCCACUAGAUGUAAUAGUUUAUAUAAUGUGUAGAAAUAUAAUUGUGGCUGUUCCACCCACUGUCACUACUGAUACUGUGGUAGUAUAUUGAUUGAGAGUUGCUGUCUCAACAGCAUGUAUUUUAUACUGCAAUGUCCUUGCACCGUUUUUGUCAGUUGCCAGAGGAAGGUUUGAAUUCAAACUUUAAUAGCAAUACAUAAUUGACCAUCUCUGUUUGCUUGUGGGUAAUCACAGUGUUGGCAUAUUUGCCAGUCUCUUAAAAUUCUCUGAACAAGACAUAUGUUAUUGUUUAGUUUUUUAGAACAGUUUUGACUUGCUUGUUAAGGAAUCUAUAUCUUUGCCAUCGCUAUUGCCUGAGGGAAACUGAGAACCACACACUGACUAGCACAAUUCACAGCACAAUACUUGUAUCUCGGUACAAGUAGCAUAACUACCUUACCACAAGUAACCAUCCGUGUAGAAAACAAAUAUCAAAUCAAUGUUCUCCUGUGCAAAAGCAGCUGGGUUGUUUUUGUAGUUGGCUGUUGUUCAAUGACAAACCUGCAGUAUGUAUUGUAUUCCAAUUGUUGCUGGUUACCAUGGUCACGUCAAACAUCCCAUGGUCGUCCUAUGGGUCAAUCAGUCUUCAAAUAAACAUACUAGGCUGUCUCAUUAUCUGUACCAUCUGUAAUUGGUGACCUUCUGACAUUCUGUCAAUCAAGUUAUCAACCCAAGGGGGAGAGAGAGAGAGAGAGAGAGAGAGAGAGAGAGAACAUGAUAGAGAGUAGAGUGUAAGUGAAACCCAUUUGGUAUAGAAUUCUGGUUCUUGGGAGUCGGGAGAGCGAGGUUUCCAUCUGUUUAUGGGGAGAAGGAGCUUUAAUAUAGACAGAAAAAAAAGGCAGCGUGUAUUCCAUUACAAGCAAACUAAUUCCCUGUGUUUUAGUGCCAAUCGUCAAGCUGUCGGCAUCUUAUGUAAACGUGGCCACUCAGUUUUAUGAAUGAUCAUUAUGGAUUGAAUGUAACCUUCCUGUGGAUAGGACACCUAACGUUUCUUCUCUGCAGUCUUUCCAGGGUCUUUGUGUGUGCUCUUCGAACAUGUAUUCAUUUACUAUAGUUCAUGGGAAUCCUAGAGCAACAUAAAUUCAACCCUGAAACGGAUUAUAUACACUGAACCCAUUUAUGCCGCCAAAUUCUGACUUGACUUCUCUCCUUUUUUUUUUUUACCUGUCUGACCUUUCUCUCAGCCAGCCAAGGCAGAUGUGUGAAGGCUUGAAGGGUUUUUUUUCCCCUCUCUCCCGCUCUCGCUCUAUGGCCUGCAGUGAGCUCUGAAUCUUUCAACAUCUCUUUUAAACCCUCCGCCUCUAACUCACAUAUCACAGAACUCUUCCUUAUUCUCAAUGUCAUAGCAUCACCUAUUCCCUUAUGGUUCAGAUUAAACUGGGUUUCUCAUCAAUGUUUAAUUACUACUUCUAAUUAACAGUGGAAAUGCUCAGUUGUCUUCCAACGGCAGGUGAUAUGUACUUGGUGUAGUCAGUCUCCUGUUCCUCUCUUCAGGUGAUAUGUACUUGGUGUAGUCAGUCUCCUGUUCCUCUCUUCAGGUGAUAUGUACUUGGUGUAGUCAGUCUCCUGUUCCUCUCUUCAGGUGAUAUGUACUUGGUAUAGUCAGUCUCCUGUUCCUCUCUUCAGGUGAUAUGUACUUGGUAUAGUCAGUCUCCUGUUUCUCUCUUCAGGUGAUAUGUACUUGGUAUAGUCAGUCUCCUGUUCCUCUCUUCAGGUGAUAUGUACUUGGUGUAGUCAGUCUCCUGUUCCUCUCUUCAGGUGAUAUGUACUUGGUAUAAUCAGUCUCCUGUUCCUCUCUUCAGGUGAUAUGUACUUGGUAUAGUCAGUCUCCUGUUCCUCUCUUCAGGUGAUAUGUACUUGGUAUAGUCAGUCUCCUGUUCCUCUCUUCAGGUGAUAUGUACUUGGUGUAGUCAGUCUCCUGUUCCUCUCUUCAGGUGAUAUGUACUUGGUGUAGUCAGUCUCCUGUUCCUCUCUUCAGGUGAUAUGUACUUGGUAUAGUCAGUCUCCUGUUCCUCUCUUCAGGUGAUAUGUACUUGGUAUAGUCAGUCUCCUGUUUCUCUCUUCAGGUGAUAUGUACUUGGUAUAGUCAGUCUCCUGUUCCUCUCUUCAGGUGAUAUGUACUUGGUGUAGUCAGUCUCCUGUUCCUCUCUUCAGGUGAUAUGUACUUGGUAUAAUCAGUCUCCUGUUCCUCUCUUCAGGUGAUAUGUACUUGGUAUAGUCAGUCUCCUGUUCCUCUCUUCAGGUGAUAUGUACUUGGUAUAGUCAGUCUCCUGUUCCUCUCUUCAGGUGAUAUGUACUUGGUGUAGUCAGUCUCCUGUUCCUCUCUUCAGGUGAUAUGUACUUGGUGUAGUCAGUCUCCUGUUCCUCUCUUCAGGUGACGGAUUUCCUCUAGUCUUCCCUUAGAGUUUUUCAGCUGAUGUGGCGAUUCUUUGCUCAUUAAGAUAAUGAGCUGUGAGUCCUCUUGACGAUUAUUUUUAAAGUGAGCCUACUUACAACAACUUCUCAAGUGAUGUCUAGCAUUAAUACCAAUUUGAAGACCAAAUCCAAUGCCAUAGAGUGUAGACCGAUGGCAUAUAGGCUUCUUCACCUGGAAGAGAAAUACAUAGAGUGUAGACUGAUGGCAUAUAGGCUUCUUCCCCUGGAAGAGAAAUACAUAGAGUGUAGACCGAUGGCAUAUAGGCUUCUUCACCUGGAAGAGAAAUACAUUCCUCAUGUUACAUUUUUAUCUCAACCGUAGGCUUAUUGCCACCCCUUUCCAACAUCCUCUCCCUGGCCCCGUUUAUGUUCAGAUAAGAUAUACAAACAAAAGUACUUCAUCUUAAUGUUCACCAAGGUAUACAGGGACAGCACACAGGUAAUCCUUACUAUACUAUAUACUAUUGUCUUCAUUAAACCUACUUUUCUGGAUUUGUAAUACAUUUCCUUCGAGAAUCUCUACAUCUGAAUUUAUUUGACAGUGAUAAAAGCGGCACAUCUAUCCCACGUUCAGCUCGUCUCAGUAAAUUUGACGUGACGCAAUGAGAGUAUCGACAGUCACAUUGUUUUACAUCCCAUGUCUGUCAGGAACAUCUGAUCUACAUGACAGAUCGUCUGACAUGCCACUGACAUGCCAAAUCAAGUUUACUGCACUUGUUGUAAAUGACAUUGAGGAUCUGCUUGGACCAAUCAAAAUGUUAUGGACGUUUUAUCAUCAUAGCAGGCACAUCGUGCUGAAAAAUAAAAUAAGCCUGGAUUCCUCAUGUUGACAGUAUUAGGAAAGCCUGGUAAACAUUUGCAUUCAACUAUUUAGUGUCAGUGACUCAGAGGAAAUCAAGUCUGAAUAAAUUAGGAAGCAUGAAUAUAUUACAGUAUGAUCACAUGACUUACUAUAAGGUAGGCUCUGAACCACAGAUAUGGGUCUGAUUAGGUAUGUAGCCCUGUUUUCCAGUGGUAGGCCCGCCUGUCAUAUUUUUGUAGGCCAAGACAACUUUAAAAACAUAAGAACAGUUCACUAAGUGGGCAUUUCCACCUGAGAUUUCCACCCACACCAGUGUGUUGUUAGUGUUUAUGUUAAUAGAAUAUUUUUUUCAGGGAACUGUGUUACCAUCAGGAAUGUGACACUUAAGACUUCGGGCGAGUAGAAUCAACAACCUAUGCAUCAUCAAAACAGUCGCUUAGUGAGAAAGUGUUAACCGUGGAAGGAGUUAACCCAUGUUCACCUUUAAAAGGAAAAGGGGUUAGAUGCAGAGUGAUGUUUCUGCUAAGACCGGAGUUGGAUUAUGUAACGACAGAUGCCGUUUAUAUAACACGCCCAAACAUCUAGCAGCAUCUCUCUGUACCGCUCUCUCUCCCUGUCACCAUCACUUGCGCAUCAGUGCAGCGCAACAGCUCGUAGGUCUGUCCAAGCACAGCUUACAGCUUCCAUUUUCGGAGGUGAAAAAGCCGUUCAGCAUCCCACACAUUAACUUGAAUAACAAUCAGUGAGCCGGGGCGCCCCCUCCCCCCAGGUCCACA